AUGGUGGCGCUCCGAUUGUAUCCAAAUUUGUAUUUGUUGUUCACUCUGAAAUCCGUCAAAUUUCGAAGGACCUUUUUCUCGCCGUCGUCAUCAAUAUUACCACACACCAAACCUAGAUUUAGAAAUCUUUCUAUGUCUGCCAAGUCAAUUGAGCAAAACGACAUUGCUGCAAAUCUUUCUUCCACUUGGGUUGCCCAGGAGGACUCUCCUCUUUCAGGGUUGGAUGAUGUUGUGAUGGGAUAUAUGUUUGGCAAGAAAAAGGCUACCGAAGUUGCUCACUCGGUGUGGAAACAUGUUGUCCAGAAAGGGGAUGCGGUUGUUGAUGCCACUUGUGGAAAUGGGUACGACACCUUGGCAAUGCUCAAAAUGGUUGCUGAUCAAUCAAAGAGAGGUCGUGUUUAUGGAAUGGAUGUUCAAAAAGUUGCUAUAGAAAGCACUUCAUCUUUGUUAGAUCAAUCAGUCAAUUCAGAUGAGAAAGAACUUGUUGAGCUAUACAGCAUGUGUCACAGUAAAAUGGAGGAAAUUGUUCCAAAGGGCGUCACAGUGAGGUUAGUUGCAUUCAACUUAGGUUACCUUCCAGGAGGUAACAAAAAGAUAAUGACUGGCUCGAAAACGACCCUACUAGCAUUGGACGCUGCAAAGAGAAUACUAGCACCUGGAGGGCUCAUCAGCAUAGUGGUGUAUGUGGGGCACCCUGGUGGAAGGGAGGAGUUUGAGGCAGUCCAAGCUUUCGCUUCUGGAUUACCUGUUGGAAAUUGGAUGUGCUGCAAGCUUGAAAUGUUAAAUCGGCCAUUGGCCCCAGUACUUGUUUUGUUACUCAAAAGAAAAGGAUGA